GCGAGCGGCCCGGCGAGCGCCGGCAACAUGUCGGAUACCAAGGUAAAAGUUGCCGUCCGGGUCCGGCCCAUGAACCGACGAGAACUGGAAUUGAACACCAAGUGCGUGGUAGAGAUGGAAGGGAAUCAAACGGUCCUGCACCCUCCUCCUUCUAACACCAAACAGGGAGAAAGGAAACCUCCCAAGGUAUUUGCCUUUGAUUAUUGCUUUUGGUCCAUGGAUGAAUCUAACACUACAAAAUAUGCUGGUCAAGAAGUGGUUUUCAAGUGCCUUGGGGAAGGAAUUCUUGAAAAGGCCUUUCAGGGGUAUAAUGCUUGUAUUUUUGCAUAUGGACAGACAGGUUCAGGCAAAUCCUUCUCCAUGAUGGGCAAUGCUGAGCAGCUGGGCCUCAUUCCAAGGCUCUGCUGUGCUUUAUUUCAAAGGAUUUCUUUGGAACAGAAUGAAUCACAGACCUUCAAAGUCGAAGUAUCCUAUAUGGAAAUUUAUAACGAGAAAGUGCGGGACCUUUUAGACCCCAAAGGGAGUAGACAGUCUCUUAAAGUUCGAGAGCAUAAAGUUUUGGGACCAUAUGUAGAUGGUUUAUCUCAACUGGCUGUUACUAGCUUUGAAGAUAUUGAGUCAUUGAUGUCUGAGGGAAAUAAGUCUCGAACGGUAGCUGCAACCAACAUGAAUGAAGAAAGUAGCCGCUCCCACGCCGUGUUCAACAUCAUCAUCACACAGACGCUUUAUGACCUGCAGUCUGGGAACUCGGGAGAGAAAGUCAGUAAGGUCAGCCUGGUGGACCUGGCAGGCAGUGAGAGAGUGUCCAAGACAGGCGCUGCGGGAGAGCGACUGAAGGAAGGCAGCAACAUUAACAAAUCACUUACAACCCUGGGGUUGGUUAUAUCAUCACUGGCUGACCAGGCAGCUGGCAAGGGUAAAAACAAAUUUGUGCCUUACCGAGAUUCAGUUCUCACUUGGCUUCUCAAGGACAAUUUGGGGGGCAACAGCCAGACCUCCAUGAUAGCCACUAUCAGCCCAGCAGCAGACAACUAUGAAGAGACCCUCUCCACGUUAAGAUACGCAGAUCGAGCCAAAAGGAUUGUUAACCACGCUGUUGUCAACGAGGAUCCCAAUGCAAGACUCAUCCGAGAACUGCGGGAAGAAGUGGAGAAACUGAGGGAGCAGCUCUCACAGGCUGAGGCUAUGAAGGCCCCAGAACUGAAGGAGAAGCUUGAAGAAUCUGAAAAGCUGAUAAAAGAACUAACAGUGACUUGGGAAGAGAAGCUGAGGAAAACAGAAGAAAUUGCACAGGAGAGACAGCGACAACUUGAAAGUAUGGGGAUUUCCCUUGAGACGUCCGGCAUCAAGGUGGGGGAUGACAAGUGUUACUUAGUCAACCUAAAUGCAGACCCUGCUCUCAAUGAACUCCUGGUUUAUUACUUAAAGGCUCAUACCAGGGUGGGAGCAGAUACCUCUCAGGACAUACAGCUCUUUGGCAUAGGAAUUCAGGCUGAGCACUGUGAGAUUGACAUUGCAUCUGAUGGGGAUGUGUCUCUUACUCCAAAAGAAAACGCAAGGUCCUGCGUAAAUGGCACCCUCGUGUGCAGCCCCACCCCGCUGUGGCACGGCGAUCGGAUCCUGUGGGGAAAUAACCACUUUUUUAGGUAACAUCUUUGUGUUCACUGCACGCUGAUAUGUGGCCACAAUGGGAGAGGUGAGUACUCGCCAGCACUGACAGAUGCCUCACCUUGUCUCGGCUCACCAGACCCAGUUCAAAAUGUGGUUCAGGUCCUGGAGAGACAGUACCUGGAAGAGAAGAGGAGCGCUCUUGAGGAACAGCGGCUGAUGUACGAGCGGGAGCUGGAGCAGCUCCGCCAGCAGCUCUCCCCUGAGAGGCAGCCCCAGAGCAGCGGCCCUGACCGCCUGGCCUACAGCAGCCAGACAGCCCAGCAGAAGGUGACCCAGUGGGCAGAGGAGAGGGACGAACUCUUCCGACAAAGCCUGGCGAAGCUCCGAGAGCAGCUGGUGAAAGCUAAUACGUUGGUGAGGGAAGCAAACUUCUUAGCUGAGGAAAUGAGCAAACUCACUGAUUAUCAAGUGACUCUUCAGAUCCCUGCUGCGAACCUCAGUGCUAACAGGAAGGUAAGAGAUGCUGGUAAAGAAAACAAGAGCGAGAUAGACGACAGGAAGCUUGGAGAAGAGGCGGCAAAGCACCGGGAAUGGAAUGAGAAAGUCCCUCCAGUAAAGAGACUCUACGGGAAACGACGUGACCCUUUCUACGAAGCCCAAGAGAACCACAACCUAAUUGGUGUGGCUAAUGUGUUCUUGGAGUGUCUCUUCUGUGACGUGAAACUCCAGUAUGCAGUUCCCAUCAUCAGCCAGCAGGGGGAGGUUGCAGGGCGUCUCCACGUGGAAGUGAUGCGCGUGACAGGAGCUGUUCCGGAGCGCGUGGUGGAGGAUGAGUCCUCGGAGAACUCCAGUGAAAGUGGGAGCCUUGACGUCGUAGACGGCAGCGGGGAAGUCAUUCACCGGGUCAAAAAAAUGACGUGCCGGGUGAAAAUUAAAGAGGCAUCCGGACUGCCCUUGAGCCUCUCGAAUUUUGUCUUCUGUCAAUACACAUUCUGGGACCAGUGUGAGUCUGUGGUGGCUGCGCCCGUGGUGGACCCAGAAGUGCCGUCUCCCCAGUCCAAGGAUGCCCAGUACACAGUGACUUUCUCUCACUGUAAGGACUAUGUAGUGAACGUCACCGAAGAAUUCCUGGAGUUCAUUUCAGAUGGCGCAUUGGCGAUUGAAGUGUGGGGCCACCGGUGUGCUGGCAAUGGUAGCUCCAUCUGGGAAGUCAAUUCCCUUCAUGCUAAGACAAGGACACUGCAUGACAGGUGGAAUGAAGUAACUCGCAGGAUAGAAAUGUGGAUCUCCAUCUUAGAACUGAACGAGUUAGGGGAAUACGCUGCCGUAGAGCUUCAUCAGGCGAAAGAUGUCAACACGGGAGGCAUCUUUCAACUAAGACAGGGUCAUUCUCGUAGGGUGCAAGUCACGGUGAAGCCCGUGCAGCAUUCGGGGACCCUGCCUCUCAUGGUGGAAGCUAUCUUGUCGGUAUCCAUUGGCUGCAUAACGGCCAGGUCUACCAAACUCCAGAGAGGGCUGGACAGUUACCAGAGAGAUGAUGAGGCUGGUGAUGAUAUGGAUAGUUAUCAGGAAGAAGAUUUAAACUGUAUAAGAGAGAGGUGGUCUGAUGCCCUCGUUAAACGACGAGAAUACUUAGAUGAACAGAUUAAAAAAGUCAGCAAUAAACAAGAGAAAACAGAGGAUGACGUGGAGCGGGAAGCCCGGCUCGUGGAGCAGUGGGUGGGGCUGACUGAGGAGAGAAACGCUGUGCUGGUCCCAGCACCGGGCAGUGGCCUCCCCGGGGCUCCCGCCAACUGGAUCCCGCCUCCUGGAAUGGAAACCCAUAUACCAGUUCUCUUCCUUGAUUUGAACGCGGACGACCUGAGUGCCAACGAGCAGCUUGUCGGCCCCCACGCGUCGGGUGUGAACUCCAUCCUCCCCAAGGAGCACGGCAGCCAGUUCUUCUACCUGCCCAUCAUGAAGCACAGCGACCACGAGGUUUCAACCAUCGCCUCUUGGGACUCCUCGGUACAUGACUCCGUCCACUUGAACAGGGUCACACCCCAGAAUGAAAGGAUUUACCUCAUUGUGAAGACCACCGUCCAACUCAGCCACCCGGCUGCUAUGGAGUUAGUCUUGCGAAAACGGAUUGCGGCCAAUAUUUACAACAAACAGAGUUUCACCCAGAGUUUGAAGAGGAGAAUAUCAUUGAAAAAUAUAUUUUAUUCCUGUGGUGUCACCUAUGAAAUAGUAUCCAAUAUACCAAAGGCAACAGAGGAGAUCGAGGACCGGGAAACGCUGGCUCUUAUGGCAGCGAGGAGCGAGAACGAAGGUGCGUCCGACGGGGAGACCUACAUCGAGAAGUAUACACGGGGCGUGCUGCAGGUGGAGAACAUUCUGAGCCUCGAACGGCUCCGGCAGGCCGUCACUGUAAAAGAAGCCCUUUCCACCAAAGCUCGGCAUAUACGGAGGAGCCUUAGUACACCAAACGUUCAUAAUGUCUCUUCCAGUCGACCAGACCUUUCUGGCUUUGACGAAGACGAUAAGGGUUGGCCAGAGAACCAGUUAGACAUGUCUGACUACAGCUCCAGUUACCAGGAUGUUGCGUGUUAUGGAACUUUACCCAGGGAUUCACCUCGAAGGAGUAAAGAAGGUUGCACGCCCGAGAAUCCUCACGCCUUAAUGGUCAGCCCCUUUAAAGCAUUCUCUCCUCAGCCGCCAAAGUUUUUCAAACCCCUAAUGCCUGUGAAAGAGGAGCAGAAGAAAAGGACAGCUCUCGAAACGAGGCCUCUUCUGAGCCAGGAGAGCAUGUCUCCAUCUCAGCCACAUACCCCUGGCUGCAUUGUACCCUCGGGAAGCAAUGGCAGCAGCAUGCCAGUAGAACACAAUAGCAAACGCGAGAAGAAGAUUGACUCAGAGGAGGAGGAAAAUGAGCUGGAAGCUAUCAACAGGAAGCUGAGAAGCUCACAGCCAUAUGUACCUGUGGAGUUCGCUGACUUCAGUGUUUACAAUGCCAGCUUGGAGAACAGGGAGUGGUUUUCUUCUAAAGUAGAUCUGACAAACUCACGGGUCUUGGAGAAAGAAGUGUCCCGUAGCCCUACCACCAGCAGUAUUACCAGUGGCUACUUUUCCCACAGUGCCUCCAAUGCCACCCUGUCUGACAUGGUGGUCCCUUCUAGUGACAGCUCAGACCAGCUGGCCAUUCAGAUGAAGGAUGCGGACACCCGUGAGCAUUCCGGACCAUCGCUUGUUCCUGAGUGCAGACUGUCCUCAGACAAAGAGUUGACAGAACUAGAAAGAGGCUUGGUAAAGGAUAAGUUGAUCAUGGUGCCACUCAAGGAAACCAGUGCCUUAGCCAAAGGGAGCCCAUCAUCCCACAGCAUCCCUGAGAAAAACUCCAAAAUCCUGUGUAGGACUGGCUCGUGUUCAGGACUAGAUGCCUGUCCCAGUGAAAAAGGCCCACCGGCCAGGGAGUUCUCCCCCAGGGAGGUGACCAUUGAACACACCACCAACAUCCUGGAGGAUCAUUCUUUCACAGAGUUCAUGGCGACGCUCGGCGCAUCCCCCUCCCCGCCUUCAUUUCCCAGAACCCACCUUCUCCCGCUGAACUACGUUUCCCAGCGCCCCCCGCGCAGCCGAGAGCGCGGGCUCGUGCGGCUCUUCCUUCCUCCUCGCCUCUCACCCGGUCGCAGCGAGAUGAUGCACAUGCGUCGGGCGCCGAAGAGUGACGAUGCGCUGGCUCGCGACGGCGGCGGCCUUAGCAGCGGCAAUAGGCGCAACAGCGGCGGCCACUGCAGGGACGACGACGGCAGGGCGGGCGCUGUGCGCAGAGGGGAGGGCGGCGCCCGGAGCCGCUCGCACUGUCCUCGGCGGGAGAUCUCCAUAGAGACCGUGACACACACAGAGGCGGGGGUCCGCGGGAGGCCGCCGGACCGAAGCCAGCUCCUCGGCCUCUGCCGCUGCCACCCCGUCCUCUCGGCCAGCGCGCACCCUCUCCGCUCCGGCUCGCAACCUCGCGGUCCCUGA